AGAUUUUGCCACAUGAACUUUAAAAGAGUAAAGCCUAAUAUUUCCUUAUCAAGCCAGCUUAGACUGAGUAUCAGCAUAUGUGACAUCAUGUCCACUGAUAAAGGCAGCAGUAUCUGUCCAAGUAUCACUACGUUUCCAUCUUGCUCAACAAGCAGCGCAACUACAGAGGCUGAUCAGAAUACAUCUGAUGAAGAGGCGCAGGGAAUAAAUGGGAAAACGCCAGCAAAACACUCAGCUGCGAAUCCAAAGCCACAAGUGCCUCCAAAGCCAUUACAUCUGCAGAAUUCACCUUCGUCCACUAGACACCAAACCCCCAGGCAUAAAGCUUUAUCUAGUGCAAAACCAAGGAUGGAGGAAGUUAAACCUGCCUCUGCUUCUUGUGUCUCAAAAGAAAAACCCAGUAAGGUAUCAGAUCUCAUCAGUCGCUUUGAAGGAGGCAGCACAUUAUCCAAUUACAGUGAUUUGAAGAAAGAGCCUGCUGCGAGCCUCCAUGCUCCUAGAACCCCGGGAAGGUUUGGACUGACGACCACACCUCCGCAGAAACUCCUGUCCCAGCACCCACUUGGGAAGCAGGAAAAUGACACAGAUCCAACUCAGGGUGUACAGACUUGUGUGGCCAAUGGUAUAAUGGCAACACAGCUCCAGAUGGAAUGUGAGGAGGAGAAAGGGGCCCUUCAGAGCCCCGAUCCUUCUGGUCAAACUUCGGAACCCGUGCUUGAUACGAACUUGGUGAAUGGAGAGCGAGGCGAAACCGCCCCCGGCCCUGCCUCGCCCGGAACAAAUAGCUGCGAUGGAAAGGCCUCUGUCGGGCAUUGCGGGUCUCCGAGCACAGACCCCGGGCUCCCGCGGGAUCAAGACGGAGAGGCAGGGGCAGAAGCCCAGCCCCCAGAGAGGGAGAAUGGAGAGUGCCCCCCGGAGCUGGAGCAGCUGGACCCGCACCCUGAGAUAAAGGAAACUAAUGAGCAAAAACUUCACAAAAUAGCCAAUGAACUCUUGCUCACUGAAAGAGCUUAUGUCAACCGACUUGACCUGUUAGAUCAGGUAUUUUAUUGCAAACUAUUGGAAGAAGCAAACCGAGGCUCAUUUCCAGCAGAGAUGGUGAAUAAAAUCUUUUCUAAUAUUUCAUCAAUAAAUGCCUUCCAUAGUAAAUUCCUAUUGCCAGAGCUGGAGAAACGAAUGCAAGAAUGGGAAACUACCCCAAGAAUUGGUGACAUCCUUCAGAAAUUGGCACCUUUCCUUAAGAUGUAUGGAGAGUAUGUGAAGGGAUUUGAUAAUGCGAUGGAAUUGGUUAAAAACAUGACUGAGCGAAUCCCCCAGUUCAAAUCUGUGGUUGAAGAAAUUCAGAGACAGAAGAUCUGCGGGAGUUUGACUCUGCAGCAUCAUAUGCUAGAACCUGUUCAGCGGAUACCCCGGUAUGAGCUCCUCCUCAAGGACUACCUAAGACAGUUGCCACCUGAUUCCCUGGACUGGAAUGAUGCUAAAAAAUCACUUGAAAUUAUAUCUACGGCAGCAAGUCAUUCUAACAGUGCAAUAAGAAAAAUGGAGAACCUCAAGAAACUCUUAGAGAUUUAUGAAAUGUUGGGAGAAGAGGAAGACAUUGUAAAUCCUUCAAAUGAACUAAUAAAAGAAGGGCAGAUCCUCAAAUUGGCUGCUCGAAACACAUCAGCACAGGAGCGCUACCUGUUUUUAUUCAAUGACAUGCUGCUGUACUGCGUGCCCAGAUUCAGCUUGGUGGGGUCUAAGUUCACAGUUCGAACUAGGGUUGGCAUCGAUGGCAUGAAAAUUGUGGAGACUCAAAAUGAAGAAUAUCCACACACUUUCCAGGUCUCUGGGAAAGAGAGAACACUGGAACUGCAGGCCAGUUCUGAGCAAGACAAAGAAGAAUGGAUCAAGGCCCUUCAAGAGACUAUUGAUGCUUUCCAUCAAAGGCAUGAAACCUUCAGGAAUGCAAUUGCAAAGGAUAAUGACAGUCAGUCAGAGGUUUCUACAGCUGAGCUAGGAAAGCGAGCUCCCAGGUGGAUCCGAGAUAAUGAAGUCACAAUGUGUAUGAAAUGUAAAGAGUCUUUCAACGCACUGACGAGAAGAAGGCAUCAUUGUCGAGCAUGUGGACAUGUGGUUUGUUGGAAGUGUUCUGAUUACAAAGCUCAACUUGAAUAUGACGGUGGCAAAUUGAGCAAAGUUUGUAAAGACUGCUAUCAAAUAAUAAGUGGAUUCACAGAGAGUGAAGAAAAGAAAAGGAAGGGCAUUUUAGAGAUUGAAUCAGCAGAAGUAUCUGGAAAUAGCGUGGUAUGCAGCUUUCUACAGUACAUGGAAAAGUCAAAACCUUGGCAGAAAGCCUGGUGUGUGAUCCCCAAGCAAGACCCACUUGCACUGUACAUGUAUGGUGCCCCACAGGAUGUUAGAGCCCAGGCCACCAUUCCUCUUCUGGGCUAUAUUGUGGACGACAUGCCAAGAAGUGCAGACCUGCCACACAGCUUCAAACUGACCCAGUCUAAGUCUGCACACAGCUUUGCUGCAGAUAGCGAAGAACUGAAACAGAAGUGGCUAAAAAUCAUUCUCUUAGCUGUCACAGGUGAGACAACAGAUGAUCCAAAUGAGCACUCAGCGACCUUGGACGAUCAUGCUGAACCUAAGAAAAAAUCAGAAUGCUGAACACCAGGCCAGCCACAGAGUGGGGGCGGUCUCAAGAUUUAUAGCCUAAGACAUUCCCAAUCUCCUUAUUCAUCUCUUAGCACUUUAUGUUGAAAAAUGCAAGCUCAUGAAUGCAUUGUUCGGGGACUAUUUUCCUAUAUUUAUGUACUCUUAGUGAAAUUCAUGUGCAGAGCCAUUCCACUGAUAAUUUUUAAAUAAUGUGAAAAAUGGAGCAUUUUUUAUGAGCUAUUCCUUGAAAUAUACGUAUGCUUGUCUUGAAGAAAAUGGUAUCAAUUGAUUAUAUUACUAUCAGGUUAGAAUGGGCCACUUUCAUUUAAGGAAAAAAAAGAUUAUUUAAUGUCUUUUUGACACGUAGGACCUGUGACAGUUUGAGAGAUAUACCUCCAUGUUGCCAAAAUAGAUCCAUGGUAAAAAAAUACAAGGACAGUUUAGAUGAUGGCAUUAGCGUAUUAUAGUUAUAAUGCUAAAUAAGUAACGUAUGUUCUUUUAAAGCAAAACAAUAAAUGAAUAAAUUGCUGAUGUUCAGGCUUUUGUCUUAUUAAGAUAAUGUUUUUUUGGUAGGCCUCAUAAGAAUAAAAUACCUUAAGUAUAUAGCCAUUCUGUGUUCAUAGUAUUAAAGAUGAACAGAUAUAUACACAAUACAUGCUUUUCUCCUCAGAUUUAGGUUCAUAAUUGUCUCUAAUUUAUUUUUUAUUGUAAAGCAUGUUUUGUCUUAGAAUUGAACAGUAUUCUAAACUUAAAUGUUACGUGUGAUUUAUGUUUGAUUGACAUCUAAGGGUAUUGAUAUUUUUAUAGUAAGAAAAUACAGUAAUUUAUGUGGCAUGGAUAUAUUAGCAAAUUCCAACAGUACUUUUAAAAUUUGGGGUUUGUCUUUUUUUCUCUGUGCCUAUUUAAAAGCAGUGCCUCUUUUUGAAGGUGCUAAUAAUGCUUAUUUAAAUAUGAGAGUUCCAGUUAAUGCUUUAGUCUUGAUUAUUCUGAGAUAAUGUGCAUUUUUUAGUCACUGGCACUGUCGGUCAUGUAGGUUUUUUAACAUCUACAUUCCCAUAGUUGUUGCAUCAGUUAAUAUCAGCAUGUACAGAAAUGUUCACCAAAAUCUAUCUGUUUAGGACAUGAGGUUACACAGAAUUGGGAUAUAUGGAUUUACAUUAAAUGUUUUUUCUUUCCCAGACAACUUACACAUGGUUAAAUAAGGACUAUCUAUAAUGAAUUUUUUUUUUCACCUAAAAGGAGAAGGUGAACCAGCGGUAACUAUCAUGAUGAGGGUCCCUUCCUCCAUAAAAGGAACACCAGCUAUGAACAUUAACAUGAAACCAAAUACUCAGAGCCAAAAAGAGAGAUCAGGGUAGCUCCUUGAGUCCUAUUAAAUUAAAUCAGGGAUAGAUGAACCUUGCUUCUGUGUUCUAACUACCCACUGUGCACUGACGUGUGUCUGGAUGGUGGUGAUUGAGAAGGUAAACUAUUGCUCUAGAAUCUAGAACCUACGAGUCACUUUGGUUUUCUGAAUCAUCAGGAAGGAGAAGCAAUAAUAAUAAUAAUAAAAACCAGGAGUGAUUAUCAGGGGAAGAUGUCUUUGGAAAUUUGAGUAGGGCCAAUAAAAAGCUUUAUGGGCCAGACUGAUUUUGGAAACUAUUUUCAAUAGCAAAAAUAUAAUGUUCUCCUGGAACAGAAGUAACCUGGACACACUCAAUUUUUGGCUCAGGAAACAUCAAUUUUGACUGCUUAUUGAAUAAUCAUGUAUUCAUCAUACUCGUAAUAGAAAUAGCAAGGUGAAACAAAUUUUGGUUUUCCGAUCUCUAGCCUUUACUUUUCCACCCCCACCACCUUAAGCCAAGCACAAAGAGAAGCAGGGAAGCCGCUUACCUUUCCCCACAAGCAACCACUCUGCCAUUUGCCCUUUCAGAACCCCGACUAAACUAAGAGAUCACAGCGUGUGAGUGAUUGGUUACAAAAGUAACCUUUUGCUUUGUGACAAGCUGAACAUAAUCAACAGGUUACUUUCUUGCUAAAACUCCCUAUUCCAUGUGGGUAUUAAUUCCUCUAAUUUGGUGCUUUCCAAGUCUUUUUCCUUUAAAGUGCCCUUCCUUCAAACUUGAAAAAUACUUGAUAAAAUCUGCUAUUCAUUUAAAAACUUUCCAACUUUUUAAACAAAACUUUUACUGAAAUUGAAAGCCUACCAUUUGGUAUAUUAAGUAUGAAAUGUAGUGCAGACUUCCAUCUCUAGCUUUUAGGUGGGCUCAAUGAUGAAAAAUCCACCAGCCACUUUCAUAAUAAAGGUACCUAUAAUGCCAUUGUGUAUGCAAGCAAUAAAACUCUUCAGGGUAAGCUUUUAUACAGAAAAUUUAAUAUGAAGGCCUCUAGCCCCAAAGGAUAUAUAAAGAAUAACUUCUUAGAAGUCAUAUUAGAAGACAAAUUGUUAUAUGUAGGGAUGAGAAAGUAGGGGGGAGGUGCAAUCAAUAACUAUCAAAUAAUAUUUUUAUUUUUGCAAAUGGUAUGGAUCAUGAAACAGUUAAGCACAGCUGCACUACUAUAUUUCAUUUUUCAUGAAGUUUAAUUCAACAUACAAGUUGGCACACUUAGUUUCAUUAAGUAGCCUCCCCUAAUUUAAUACUGAACUUCUGCAAAAGUUAACCCUCUCUCCAUAAAUAAACAUUGGGCUUUUUUUAAGUGCAAACUUCAUGGUGCUGCAGGGUUGUUAUAAGAUUUUAAGAAGGCAUCGAUGAAUCUUUAUCAAAAGUACUCCUGCAAACUCACAAGUCUAUUUUACCUUUUUCUUGUCAUUAAUCAUGGAAACAGGGUGGUUCCCCCCCCCCUUCAAAUUUUAGACACCAUUUCUGAUUAUAUUCAAAGCCUUCCGUUUUUAUUUUGAGCAUAUUGUCUGUGAUACAUCUUUCUGGACUGACUGUCCUGGGAAAAAGGCACCAACAGGAGCAGAUUAGCUCCUUGGGAACCACCGAGGUCUGAUGUUUGUUCAGUCAGGCAUCCUUGCUCUAAUGCAAAGCCUAAGACUAAGUAAAACGUGUGUAUCAUAGGAUGCUCAUCUUGUGUUAGCAGGUUGAAGAUUAAGCACAUGGUAUUAUAAGCUAAAUUACUGGAAAGGUAAAAAUGUCUUAAUGUUUUCAUUCUUAAAUUUUGUAUCCUUCAAGAAUGUAUUAAUUAUAAGAACUGUGGCUAACCAGUUCCUAUGCUUAGCACUGUAUUGAGAUCUAUAGUGGAUCGUGGUAUUUCUUCAUUCUUAUUCAAUUUUAGUAGAUUCAAACUGCUUUUUAUUUUCAUACUAUCUACUGUAGAUUCUUUAGAUUUAGAAAAUAUGACUUAUACCUAAGGACCAUUAGGUCUACUUAAAAAAAACUUUUCUUGUGAAUUUAUACAUGUAUGUAAAUAUGUAAAAACAGCUCAUUUUCAAUUCUUUCCACAGAAAUGAAAUUUUUAUACAGAAUUUUCUUUUUAACUUAAAUAUUUUAUCUUAAAUUAUUGACAUGGAGUUUGACAUAGAAUUCAUCCUUUACUCCGAUCUAGCCCUUAGUCAUAUAGUUACGAGAAGGUAACUUUGCUUUAUUUAAAGCUAGGGGAGGAAAGAAUAAGAUUAGAAAGUAAAACAAGCCAAGCGUGAACAGAGAGGUAAAUGGAAGGAGAUUGCUAUUCUCCCAAUCAGAACAAUGUAUGUUAGAGGAAGAGAAGGUGCAGAAGGGAUAAAAAAUGAUCAGGUCUACGUUUGUGUAAGUAAUUGCAUGUUGAUAGCAUCCCUUGGCAACCAUGCCUUCGACCUUGGCCUCCAAAUGAAACCCUUUGUUAUCUUGUCAUUACUUCUCCCAUUUUGGGCUUUAAAAAAAAGUGUGUGUGUGUUUUGUUCUCUUUGGCCAUUUUCUUUUCUUUUUUACGGAGGCAAAAAUCCCCUGUAAAGUCAAUCCUGUACUGCGAUUUUCUUGAUGGAGAAUUUGGAAGAAGGCAGUGUCUUCUCAGUCUCUGGAGAGGAAACAACAUGCGAGUUCCUCACUUCCUGAGGGUCACUGAGGGUCACCUGAUGGUUACCCUGAUUAAAAUUUGUUGUGGUAGAUUUAGUGAAAAAUUAAAUCAAGAAAUCUCAUUAUAGCUUAUUUGAUAAGUGAAUACCAAAUAAGAUGAGUGAUAUAUGUGGGUUUGGGAAAGACAUAGUAGUUCGUGGAGAUCCUAAGAAUAACAGAAUUGAAUUAUGUAUUACAGUUUAUGGAUGUUGAAAUGUAUCAUUGGGGGUGGGGGGUCUCCAGUCAUUAGCAAAACAAUCAUGUCUGUAUAUAACUUUUUCACCAAAUAAGCAUUUCAUUUUGUGAGAGACAAUGGACUGACCCUUUUGAAUUGUUGAUUAAUCAAUUUGAAAAGUGAUGGUAUCUGAAUUCUACAAUUGACUCCAAUGUGAAAGGUAUAUAUGAAGUCAUUUUUCUUUUCUAGUUGUAUGAAUGUAAAAUACUUGCAGAUAGUGUAUAUAUUAUGUAACAUAUGUACAUUUGGUCAUAAAGGCAGAUAAUUGGAACAUUGUAAAAUUAAGCACUUUAAUUCUAUUAAAUAAUAAAACAUUUGUUAUCUUGUAAAUAAAAACAUCCUUAAAUCUA